ACAUCAAAACCUGGAACGAAGAACCACUAAAAGAGAAGUGGACUGGUCCCCAUCAGGUACUGCUAACCACCUUUACAGCAGUCAAAGUGGCUGGAGUGGAACCCUGGAUACACUACACACGUGUGAAGAAGGUCCCUCGUGGAGUCCAGUCGUGGGCUGUAGAAACUUUUGGACCAACAAAGCUGAGGCUGAAACGUCUGUAACUGUUCAAAUGGUAUUGGUAACUGUGCUCAUGCUCUUCCUGUGGGUAAUGUUAAUUUCAUGGAUACUAAUGUCACCAGUAGGGAUUGCUGUUACUUUGGGAUAUGGGAUACAGAAGGGUCAACUAACAACUCUUCAUUCUAGAAUGAAGAGAGAGAUACAGGCCACCACCAAAAUGACCCUGCAAAAUCGUUUGGCUUUAGAUAUGUUACUUUUGAAAGAACACGGAGUGUGUGGAUAUUUAAAGGGACAAAUUGACCAUUGUUGCAUCCACAUCCCAAAUGUAACUGCAGAUGUAGAACAUGACAUCAGUCAGUUAAAACAAAUAGAGCAUGAGGCACAAAAGGAACAAAAGGAUUUAGCUACUAGCUGGUUGGGUAAUAUCACCGUGGAGGCCCAACCAGGAACACAGACUGGGGACACAGAUCUGGGUGCAACAAGAGCAGCAGGGCAGAAGACCCUGCCCUUAGUUUAUUUUUCCAUUAUAUACCUGUGGCAAGGUGACCAUGGAUUGGAGAAGGGUAUCGCCACCUCUCCUGUCACAUUGGUCCAGGAGGCUGUCAUUCAACCUCCCCUUGUCUUGGAGAAAGUAUUCAUAACAUUGCCAAUAUUUACAAAACAUGGUCCUGUGUUUACAAUUCACCAGCGUGAGAAACUGCACGUUUCUCCUUUAAUAUGA